GCGUCUCAAAUCGUAUAUCGAACAAGUUUCGAUCGUUUCGACUCGAAUCGCGACUUGUCGAUAAGUUCGUUCUUAUCUUACGAUGCUUUCCCUCUUUGUUCCUCUUUAUUCCAGGUCGUGCGGCAUACAAAAACAACACCUGAUAUGAUAACGAGGUUAGGGUUAGGUUAGGUUAGGUUUCCGAGGUGACGUUGAUCCGACAGUGGGACACAAACUUGUAGAUAAUUCAACGGUGUAUUUGAUUAAUGUUUCAUUCGUGAUUCGUUCGGCAAAAGAUGGAAGUUAAGACGAAGAGCGAACACUUGCUAGCCUUGAAAGUAAUGAGAUUGACACGUCCCACCCUGGCGAGUCCCAUGGUUGUCACGUGUGAUUCUACUGACCUGCCGGGCAACACGUUAAACAAUGAACUCAAGAGCGAUUGCACAGCGCUGCAGGGCAUGGAGGCUCUCGCUAUAGGGCAGUUCAUGGUGCUGCCUCAAAGCUUUGGAAAUAUAUAUUUAGGGGAGAUAUUCUCCAGUUACCUAUGUGUUCAUAACGGCAGCAAUCAAGUGGUGAAAAAUGUUACUGUCAAAGCAGAUUUGCAAACGAGUACACAAGUGAUUCCACUCUCCAGCAGUAAUCUGGAAGGGAAGGAAUUGGCACCUGACAGCACGGUGGAUGAAGUUAUUCACCACGAGGUUAAGGAAAUAGGUACACAUAUAUUAGUUUGCGAAGUGUCUUAUACAAAUCAGAUCGGACCCCCGCUGUCAUUCAGAAAGUACUUCAAGUUCCAGGUGGUUAAACCACUGGACGUGAAGACCAAAUUUUACAAUGCAGAAUCGGAUGAGGUAUAUCUCGAGGCACAAAUACAGAAUCUAACAGCUGGGCCAAUUUGCUUGGAAAAAGUUGCCCUUGAAUCGUCCCACUUAUUUAGUGUGACUACAUUGAAUACAAACGACGAAGAGCACUCGAUCUAUGGAGAUGUAAAUCUGUUAGAUACAGGCUGUAGUAGGCAGUACCUGUAUUGUUUGAAGCCGCAGUCGAGCUUGUUGAAGGAUCCGAAAAUGAUGCAAAAUGCCACGAAUAUCGGCAAACUGGACAUCGUGUGGAGGAGCAAUUUGGGCGAGAGGGGAAGAUUGCAAACGAGUCAAUUGCAGAGAAUGGCACCCGAGUAUGGAGACCUGAGGGUUAUCAUAAAGAAUAUUCCUUUAAAGGCCCAUCUUGAGGAGCCAGUUAAUUGCACAUGUCAUAUAAUAAAUACGUCAGAAAGAAGUAUGGAAUUGUUGUUGAGCUUAGAAUCCAAUGAUUCCAUCGCUUGGUGCGGCAUGUCCGACACAACGAUUGGCGCUCUGAAACCCGGCGCUUCCAUGGACAUACCUCUCUGCUUCAUUACACUCGAGACAGGCAUUGUCACCAUUUCCGGCUUAAAACUUACGGACACGUUUCUGAAAAGGGUCUACGACUACGAUGACUUGGCGCAAAUUUUCGUCAAUCAGUUAGAUUGAAAGAUAUGCAAAUAACAAAAACACUGUAAUAUAAUAAGAGUAUUACGCGGCAUUUAUUAUUUAUAAACAUAAUAAAACAUCCAGAUAUUCUUACAUAGAA